UAUGAAAUGUUAGUUAUACUAUGAUUCUAUCUAUCUAAAUCUUUGCCACUCAAAAUCACUUACACUAAGUUUCUAUUUAUGAUUUGCUCUUGAAACUGAACACGACUCUGGGUCAAGUCAACUCUCACUCAAUCACAAACUAGCUACAACAAUAGGCAUAUUGGCUGAAAAAGUUGGGAUCUUUACAGAAUUUGAUGCUCAAAAUUAGGUUUUGGAGGUCUAAAUUGAAGUUCUUGAUGUAUUGCUUAAUGGGUGAGGGAAUUUUUGACUGAAAUAAUCAAGAAAUGGGGAGUUGACUUGGGAAGUGUCAAGAGUUUGGAGACGUUGGAUUGUUUUUUUCAGCAAUUGGUCCUGAUUUUAUUGUUGAAGUGAGGUUGUUAUUUCUUUUGAUGAAUAUGGAUCUGAGUUUUUGGAUGAUAUGGGCUGGAUGAUAGGAAUUUGAUCUGUUUUUGGAGGAAUUUGGAUUAAAAAUCUGUUCUUGCAGUUGAACUGAAUGGGGGUUGUGUUUGUAGUUUGUAGUUUGUAUCUUUCUUGAUUUGUACGGUCAUUGCUUGCUUGCUAUGGAGAAUGGCAAUGACAUGUCGUCGUCCUUGAGCUUUGCCUCGUAUUCGUAUCUAUCAAAUGGCUCGAGUGGCCAUAAUGCAUCUUCGUGCGAAGUAGGGACUAGCCCCGAGCUGUUGAGUUUGAGUAGGCUUAGCUUGAGUCUCGAGAAGCUCGUGGUUGAUGCUGACUAUGACUACAGUGAUGCCGAAGUAGAGGUCGAGGGAGUGAGUGUAGGUGUCAAUCGCUGCAUCCUAGCUGCACGGAGCGAGUUCUUCCACCAGCUGUUCAGAAACACGGGCGUUGAUGGAUCCGUGGAGGGAAAGAAGCUGAGAUAUCUCAUGAAAGAUCUGGUGCCCGAGGGAAGAGUAGGGUACGAGGCGUUUAUGGUGGUUUUGAAUUACUUGUACACCGGGAAGGUGAAGGCCUCCCCGACCGAUGUCUCCACCUGCGUUGAUGAGUCUUGUGCUCACGAUGCUUGUGGCCCGGCCAUCAACUACGCGGUGGAGAUGAUGUAUGCUUCUGCCACGUUUCAGAUUAAAGAACUCGUGAUGGUUGUUCAGCGUCAUCUCUCUGAUUUCGUCGACAAAGCUUAUAUCGAAGAUGUGAUGCCGAUCCUCAUGGUCGCGUUUCACUGCGGCUUGCAACAGCUUCUCUCGCAUUGUCUCCAAAGAGUAGCUCGAUCCGAUGUGGAGAACAUCAUCCUCGAGAAGGAGCUCCCCGUUGAGCUUCUCAACGACGUCAAAUCACUUCGCCUCAAAUCCAACCAGGACGAGGAGCACAGCUCCAUUCAAGUCGACCCUUUGAACGAGAAGCGUGUCAGGAAUAUCCACAGGGCGUUGGACUCUGACGACGUCGAAUUGGUGAAGAAGCUUCUCGAGGAAUCCGACAUCUCGUUGGAUGCCGCCUGCGCUCUUCACUAUGCCGCUGCUUAUUGUGUCCCUAAGAUCGUGAACGAGGUUCUAAAUCUCGAGAACACUGACGUAAACCUCCGGAACUCGCGGGGCCACACGGUCCUGCACGUUGCUGCGAGGCGCAAGGACCCCAUGAUCAUUGUUGAGCUGCUCCACAGGGGGGCUAAUGUCUCGGAUGCCACGGGAGACGGACAGACGCCUCUCACAAUCUGUCGUAGGCUGACGCGCCCCAAGGACUUCAACGAGGUGAAGAAGCACGGCCAGGAGACGAACGCAGACAGGCUAUGCAUAGAGGUCCUGGAGAGGGAAAUGCGGAGGAAUCCGUUGGCUGGAAAUAUCACGCUGUCCUCGAUGAUGGUAGCCGAUGAUCUGCACAUGAGACUUCUUCUCCUUGAAAACAGAGUGGCAAUGGCGCGCUCGUUGUUUCCUCACGAAGCCAGGCUGGCAAUGCAGAUGGCGCGUGCAGAAUCAACUAUGGAGUUUGCUGGACUUUCGGCUGCAAAUGGCGCGUACGGGAGCUUUAAAGAGGUCGAUUUGAACGAGAUCCCGCCCGAGCAUGUGAGGAGGCUCCAAGCCCUUCAAAAAACUGUGGCGUCCGGUCGUCGCUUCUUCCCCAACUGCUCCGAAGUUCUCGACCAACUCCUGGAAGACGACACUCUCGGCUCGCUAAUGCUCGAGAAGGGCACAAUGGAGGAGCAGCGGAUGAAGCGAAUGCGCUACAUGGAGCUCAAGCAGGACGUGAUGAAAGCGUUUAGCAAGGACUUGGCCGAACAAAAGUGGACGAAAUUCUCGUCUUCUUCUUCGGGGUCGAACUCUCCAAAGGCUAGUAAAGCUAGGAAAAGAUAGACGUCGUGUAGACGCCGAUGUAUUCGCUAUUCGAUACACGUGACGUGCAUUGAUGAUUCUGAAAUAUGAGAUGUAAUGUAAAAAUAUACUCCAUAUCGUUGGCAUUCAUAUUCUGUAAUAUGAAAAUGUGAUAGAAAAGUUAUAGUAUA